AGAAACUACGAAUGUGCGGCAUGUCUUAUUUUUCGUGCCCUUGAUGUUACAGUUUUGAACAGCAAACGCAGUGCUCGAAGAGAAUUAUGUCCUGAUUCCGGGGAGGAUCAUUGAUCUGUCGGCCAUGAGGAAUGCUACGAUAGAUAUAGCGUGCAAGAACUGCUUCACGGAUUUCGAUGCCGUAGCUUGCGUUCGCAGUGGAGCAUUAGGGAUCCUCGCGCUCAUAACAUGUGUCAUGUGUGUUUUUCGCAUCUGUCGUUUGCAUUGGGUCCAGCAUCAACACGUGCAUCAAUAUCUCAUUUUCUACUUCGCUGGUGCUGAGUGCCUUCUCUGCGCCGUCAAUUGGUUCCUCGGAGGAUUUUACCCGCAGUUCGACUUCGCCGCGAAUUACCUCAAGUUUCUGGAAUUUGUGGUGAUAUGUCAUUUUCACUGGAUUCUCGCGGCGAAGAUACUUCAGAAAGAAUCCAUCGUGGACUACCUGAUAAAACCCGUGGUUGGGAUUUACAUGCUCUACUUCACCACGGUUGUUGGAGUUGGGAUGUAUGACGUGGCGAACUCGUGGACUCAAUGCAUGAAACCAUAUUGGAUCAUGUUGUCCAGCGGGGACUGUUUGAUCAUCCAGUUGUUUUUCGCUGCGGGAUACUUCAUAACGGUAAAGAUAAACGCAACCUCGUGUUCGGAAAAUGUGAAGCGGACGCAAAAGCGAGAUUUGUGGAGUUUGAUCGCGGUCUUCGAGUUUUCCGCGCUCAUCCCGUGUGUCUACGACAUCACAGUAGUGGUUUUGGGUGACGAAGAUAUCGGUUGCAGUGGAAUUUUCGGACACAAGCAGUUCGUGUACUCGCCCAUCAUAUUCUUGUUCAUGCUCAUCAAGUUCUUGAUACCAGUGUGGACGUUGUUGGCGGUGUUCAAGCCUACGCCAACUCUCGCGUUUGACGACACCGCGUUCUUUCUGGGAUUCUCGGCCACGUCGAGUCUACAAUCAUACUAUCCUCCGAUCAAUUACGAUGUGCCAUUUCCUGUGACGACGUCGCCGCCGGCCGCGAUGCGUUCAUCGAGUAUCAUGGGAAAUGACCACACUGCGACUUCUUAUGCCCGUUCCGCGUCGUCUGCGUGUUUCUUAGUUGCUGAGACGGCUGCGAUGCGGAAAGAGCUGCAAAAUCAUUCCGACGAAGAUCUGAAAUCCCUCGGCGAUCCUGACGAUCGCUAUCAGGAAUUGAGUGGAGUAUUUUGAGGUAUUCCUCUGUGAGGUUAAGUGACCGAAGUGCUAUGUACGAUGUAGUUUUUCGAAAGACGAAAUUUUUUUUAAAUGAAGCAUACACCGUUGAGCUGGGCUAUGAAGUUGUUUUGCUAGAAGUUUAGUUGUUUUUGUUUCGAAUCGAGGUGCUUUCGAAGAAGCACCUCGGUGGUGAGUGAAUGAUUGAUCCGUCUGUGUUCUUUUGACGGAAGUGUGAGGAUUUUGUAAUUAUGUUCGUAGAACUGUUGAACGUCGAUAAUCGAACCUCCACAAGUCGAACGACGCCCUAUGUCGAACUUUUACAGCUCCUUCUCGGGGUCUUGAAACAAUGCAUUAGGAAUCUCCCAACUUGAAGGCUUUCCCCCUGAAACCUCCAUGACUCAAGUGUUCCGGAGGCAUUUUGACUUUCAUUUUAAUGACGCAGUAAAGGUGAAAGCGAUAAAAAUGUUGCUUUUUGAAAGGAAGUGAGAAACGAAUUGGGUAAAGAAAUCGUUCCUACAAGUUCAACAACCUAUCAAAGCAUACGAAAAGCAAUUUAAGGCCCAGAAUCUCACCAAUUGCAAUUUUCUGUAAUUCUUCUUUCAUCCCAUCAAUAAAAAUUCUCGUUUCCCGACCUCGAAACCUUAACUUAAAUUUGUUGGUCCCCUUGAUGUUCAUCUCAGAAAGGUUUUACCUUGUAUGUAUAAGAAAAAGCUAGAUUUCUUUUGGCAUCAGAACCAAGAAAAGUAAUUAUUUUUUGAGGCUUCAUGUUGCUUUAUUUUGUUUAUAGUUGAACGUGAUCCUUUUCCGAGGAACCCAUUUCCGAAUAACCACGAACUUCGAGACGUUCUCCUCUGUUGUGUACUUCAUCCUCCCUUACUACUUAUAAAACAUGAUGCUAAGGGUGUGAGGAAUCUCGAUCCUUCCCUUUCUCGCCGAAAUUGCAUCACAUUGUUUUCGCGCAGAUUCCACUUUUCCACGUACGUUCAUGAUUUGCUCUAGGAUUAGUAUUUCUCUGGUUUAUUGUUGAAUGAAUUGCCCUGCAUUUAAAAAUUCGUUAUAUGUGUAUGUGUAGGUGUGUGUGACGCAGAACACACGAUUGCGAUUUUUAAAAUGAGAAAAUAACAUUGCAGACGAAUGAGAGGUAGGCAACGUUGUGGGCAUUCUAUUACUUUAUGGUAGUGUUCGGCUUAUUUCCUGGGUUGUUUCUGUAUGUUCAGUGAAUGUGUUACCUGAGCUUUUUUUCUUUUCGCACUGGCAACUGAGUCGAAAAUUUUCAAUUCUUUUGCCCAAUAAAUCCAAAGAUUAUUCUACUGUAAUGCCAAAAAUCGUGGUAAAUUCAUAACCUCCGCGGUGUGUAUGACUUCAGAUGAAUUCGAGUGAGAGGCGCUCCAAAGAUGGUUGUGGUAAAGUUUUAAUCUCACAUAAUUUCGAAUGCUUUACCUCUGCUACCUGGAAAGAAAUUCUAAGUUGAAUAUCGUGAUCGGUUCCACCUAAUGAAUGAAUUAUUGGGAAUUUUGCGGGAUUGAACAGAGGGAGUAAGUGUGAUCAGAUUUCUUUUUGAAGAGUAUAUCGCGGGCGUCGUCUUACAGAGAAAGAGAAAAACUGAGUGCCAUCUAAAUGUUUUGUAGCAUUCGUGGAGUCGAAUUAACGUUUUUCAUGAACUCCUUUCAGAACUGAAUGGAAUAUCUUUGAAUGUUGUACUUGCAUGUUUCAGAACAAUACGUAGCCAGCAUUAUUUUUUUGAAUGACGGAUUUCUAUUGUUUUUACUGAAUUGAUCAUUGAUGUCUGCGAUGAACAGCCUAAUUCUCGUGAUGAAGGUGGUCUUUACGAACUUUGAUCUUGAAUUGAACGGUUUUUUUGUUGCCAAAAACGAGUUCAUGCGGCUUUGGAAGAUUGGGCUGUUCAGUCAAGCAAAUUUCGCUUCGAUUUUCUGGAGUAUUCUGGUGAGAUUGACGAGAAUGGAAAUUUAGUGUUGGUCUUUAGUGACGACUUUACGGAAUUGGAAUGGCUUGUUUUCUUUUUAUUUCCGUGGUGUCUUUUUUUCAACGAAAUGAAUUGCAGUCAAAUAUGCAUUCCUACGAAUAGA